AUGGUCAAAAGAAGAAUAGCUGGUCGCGGAGACAAAUUAUCAGCAAAUCCGGCGCUCAGUGAGCAAAUUGAGAGGGACAAUGUCGCGAAGGAAAGAGCAGAGCUUCGUGAGAAGCAAAAAAGGAAACGGGGGGAUUCUGAAACCGAUGAGUAUAUGCCAGAUUCUCUGUCGACGAAAAUUCUUUCUGAGGCAAGAAAACAAUUAAUGGAAGAGCAGGCCGAGGAACAAGGAAAAGAUGUUGCCAAGCCUUCAAAAAGAACGCGAAACUUUUCGUUGGGCGCCACUUCAACAAAAUCUGAUGAUGACGAUGAGGAUGAUUUGGAGGAAAAUGAUAAUGGAUUCGAGGAUGCAAUCAUCGAACUGAAUCCGGAAGAUGAGGCGGAUUUGGCUAGAUUUUUGAAGAAAGAUGCAUCUCAAAUGAAUACCUUAUAUGAUAUAAUUCAGUCGAAAAUUGAGAAUAAGGCAAUCGACGCUGAAAUUGCUUUAAGCCAAAUCGGAGCGAAUGAUUUUAAUAUGCGCGAAAUGGAUCCGGAAGUGGUUGAAAUGUACGAGCAGAUCGGUGUGAUUUUGUCGAAAUAUCGUAGUGGAAAAAUUCCGAAAGCGUUCAAAAUCAUCCCGAAAAUGAUUAAUUGGGAGCAGAUUUUAUUCAUAACGAAACCGGAAAACUGGACAGCUGCUGCCAUGUACCAGGCGACGAGAUUAUUUGCAUCCAACAUGAACCCAAAAAUGUGCCAACGAUUCUACAAUUUGGUUCUUUUGCCGCGCCUUCGUGAUGAUAUUGAUGAGUACAAAAAGCUCAAUUAUCAUUUAUACCAGGCUCUCUGUAAAGCAAUGUACAAACCGGCCGCAUUUUUCAAAGGACUCAUUAUUCCGUUGUGUGAAUCUGGAACAUGCACACUUCGUGAGGCUGUCAUUUUCAGCUCAGUUCUCACAAAAGUGCCGAUUCCGAUGUUCCACGCGGCCGCUGCCAUGCUGAAGAUUGCUGAGCUUGAAUACACUGGAUCGAACUCUGUAUUUUUGCGAGCACUGAUCGAUAAAAAAUUUGCUCUUCCUUAUCGCGCGAUCGACGCGGUUGUUCAGCAUUUUGUUAGGCUCAAAAAUGAUGAACGCGAUAUGCCAGUUCUUUGGCAUCAAUGCCUUCUGGCACUGUGCCAAAGAUAUAAAAACGAUUUAAACAAAGAGCAAAAAUCAGCGAUUUACGAUUUGAUUAGGUACCACGGGCACUACUUAAUCACGCCGGAGAUUCGUCGAGAGCUCGAAUCGAAGGAGACUGAGGAUGGGCACAUCAUCACCACUGUUGAAGUGGAGGGUCGAAAGAAAGACAGCAUGGAAUUCUGA